AUGCCUGGCGUGCGCGCCGCCCCGCCCCGCCGCGCCGCCGGCGUCGGGCGGAAGGAGCGCGGGGGCCGGUCCCACGUGGUGGGCCAGUCCGGGAGUCCGGACCUGCGGCCGCCUCCACCGUGCUGCGCCCCGAUCAUAAACGAGAGGAUAGCUGACUUCUCUCCUUUGGAAUCCCAAAGAAGUAUGUGUGCCGUGCUGAGCUGUUGCCAGGGCAUCCUCUCGACACCCGCCCUCGGCCGUCAUCUACACGGCUAACAGGAGCUGUUAGUGGCGUUGCUGAGCCAGCUGUGCUGGUUGGCCUGUAGGCAGCCAGAAGGAGCCAAGGUCGCCCGUUAUUCGAAGUCAUUCACCUGGCGCUUGGGUCACUACCUGUUGAUCCAGCAGCAGCAAGUCAACCCACGGCGUGCCUUUGGCGAGGUGACUGGGCCCUUGCUCCAGCCCUGCCUGGUCCUGAGGCACUUACUCUCGGGGGGCCCGUGGACACAGGCCGGCCAGGGCCAGCUGCGGCAGGCGCUGACGGAUGUGAAGAGUCAGAUUGAGGCCGUGCUUCAAGGCGGGGCCUUUCAGCCCGAGUUGCUCUCGUCCUACAAAGAGGAGCUCUUGGACCAACAGCAAGGUGACGCGAAGAUCGGGGCCCUGAAGAAUGUUCUCGCUCCUACGGACACUGUGAUUGCCAGGCUGGUGGAGACGGGCUACUGUGAACCGUCACUGCAUGCUGCCGUUGUAGCCAACUCAGUGGCCUUGCUGUAUAAGCUCUUUCUGGACUCUUACUUCAGGGAGGGGAAUCAGCUUCUCUGCUUCCAGGUGCUCCCCAGGCUGUUCGGCUGCUUGAGGAUCGCACAGCUGCAGGAGGAGCACCUGGCCGCCCUGGCCGCAUCGGAUUGGACCUCAGAACUGCUGGUUGUGGAACAGCUGCUGACCUCGGUGGCCCACAGCGGUAUCUACAACAUCGCCGCCGACAGGAUCCGGCACGGAGAGGCUCAGUUCCGCUUUUACCGCCGUGUGGCUGAGCUGCUGAUAAACCAUUCACAAGCGUCCGUGCCGGCCUGGUUCCGCUGCCUCAAGGCUUUGAUGUCUCUGAACCAUCUGGUUUUGGAGCCAGACCUCGACGACCUGUUGGCUUCAGCUUGGAUUGACGCAGAAGUGACAGACUCUCGAACGAGAAAAGCACAGGAGGCGCUUCUUCACACCCUCUUCCAGACUUACGCGAAGCUCCGACAAGUGCCACGGCUGUUUGAGGAGGUUUUGGGGGUGAUCUGCCGCCCGGCCGCCGAGGCCCUGAGGCAGCCCUGUGCUGGCCGCGGGCCCCUCCCGGUGCUCUGCGAGUGCCUCCUGGAGUUGCCUCCGAGUCAGAUCUUGGACACGUGGUCGAUCGUGCUGGAGAAGUUCCAGUCUUUGGUCUUGCCUUAUUUGCGGGGCGAUGCCGACAUGGCCUUGAAGUCGCUGUCCCUGAGCUCACUGCUGCACUGCAUCAUUAACAUGAGGAGCCUGGACGGCAGCACGCCUCUGCCCGUCAUCAGGCGGAUGCAGCGCACCAUGGAGAGGAUGCUCCGGGAGCUCGUGAAGCCCCUGCUGGACCUUCUCCUGGACCCCCCGGGCCCGGAGCUUGAGCUCUGGCUGCAGAAGGUCAGUGACUCUGCACUCCUGCUCUCUUACACUUGGGCCCAGGUUGACACCAUGCUCAGCAUGAACUGCAGCCAGUAUCGCUCUGUGUCCGGGGCUCUUACGGACAUUGCUGUGGAGACCGCAAACCUCCCCUCGUUGCUCCCCAGGGUAGAAACGCACCACUGGAAGAAGAUAGAAAAGUUUGUGGCUCGCUUUGACUCUCUCAGCAGGUAUUGCUUGGAACAGCUCUACCUGCAGAAAAUGAAAAGGACUUUAAUGCAAACUAGUUUCCGGUCUGAGGAAGCUCUCUGCACUCUGAGGCGUGAUGCUGCCUACAUUCUUGGGUCUGGCAGAGAAAGCUUGAAUCGGAGGACGACCGCCUCCUGGGAUGGCCAGGUGGGGACAGUGAGUGCACUCACGUACCCUGUAGCGCACUGGCACUUGAUCGUGUCGAAUCUCACAAUUCUAAUAUCCUAUCUUUGUCCUGAUGAUGUGGGAUCCCUGGCCAGUGUGCUGCUGAGAACUUUACCGACGAGCAAAGCCCAGGAGGUCUCAGCAGAAGAAGAGGCAGACCUCACACUUGAAAGAAUAUCCAGUGCCGUCCUUCACAGCCCUCUCUUUCCAGAAAUGCAGCCCCUCCAUUCUGCUUUCUUAAUGCGCCUGUCCGAAGGCUGUGCGGGCAUCCUGUGUUCUGGGGCCCAGAGUGACCCGAGUCUUCUCAGUCAGCAGCUGCCCUGGCUCUUUGAAAAGGAGCACAUGGGUGUGGCUCUUUGGGAAAACAGAUUUGCAAAAGUUGGACCCGAAGGUGUAGAACCAAAAGGAGAAACUGCCCAAAACUUACUGUCCUUGGUCAAGAGUGGCUUCCCCAUUCAGCUGGAGGGAGAACAAUUAGAGAGCAUCCUGGGAUUGUUGGAAGUUAUUUCUGCUCUGCAACUGGACAGCCUCUCGACUCCCUAUCACGUGCAUUACUUUCUUCUGUUACUGUCCGUGGCCGUCACCAGGCUGGGGAGCUCCUGCCCUUCCUCACUGACCCUCAGGUUUUUGAAGACUUGCUACCGGCUUCUUGGCCACCUGCAGAGAGGGAAAGGUGCCCGCUCAGUCCUCAAGACCAUGUACGCUAGUGAGAUUUUCGAGAUCAUGCUGACCUCCUCGUUCAGAGCCAGUGGUAGAUUUUCUGUGGCUGCGGAUGACCCCUCCUGGUUGGAAUUCCUCCAACUGACAGGGACAUUCUUGGAACAGCUACUGCAGAUGCUUAUCCAGAUGAAGCUCAGCCUGGUGCUCAAUUUUGGGAAAAUCAUUGCAUUCCUCUGCAAACUGUCCACCGAAGCGCCGUCAGGCAAGCAGGUGGAAAACCAGAAUCCUCUGGGCCAGCAGCUCCUUCUGGUGUCUCUAACCAAGUUGUGCCAAGUCCUGGGGCCUUUGGUCAAAGAGCGGAGGCAGCACCAUGAGGCCUCAGAAGCGCUGCCUGAGCUGCUGCAGAAGGCCAUUGUCCAGACAGGAGCCGUGCUGCAACUGUGCUGGGCACGCGGGGCCCGGGGCCAGCGCCUUCCCUCCACCUUCAUCUCGUCGGUCAGCACACUCUUGGAGGCGGAUGUGGGCCAGCGCUCCAGGCACGGGGCCCAGGGUUCCCAAAUGACUGGCGAGAUGCUGACCUCCCAUGCCGCCUUCUACCAGAACGUUUACUCUCAACUGCUGUCAGGGUUAGCGGCCCUUGCAGGAGACCAGCAGUCUUUCCAGGCGGCCAUGCGGUUUUUAACUCUGUUCUUUUUGGCCCCAGAACUCCAUCCCAAGAAGGAUUCUGUUUUUGCCUCCGUGUUUCAUUCUGUGACGAAAGUUCUGGCAGAUCCUGCAGUUUCGGGUCAGAUAAUUCAGGAUUUGGAGCCUCAUUUGGGAGCCUUGUUGACCCAAAUGUUACAAGUUGGGACGACAGAGGACUUGAGGAUGGAUGCGGUAUGUCUCCAAGGAUUAGACGUCAGUAACGUGGAGGGAGAUGUGCAGGCCACUUUGUCAGCCAUCACCCUGAUCAAGUUGCUCCUGAGCUGCCCACUCGGUGGAGAGAAGGCGAGUCUGUUCUGGUGUGCGAGCCCCCAGAUAGUCACGGCUCUGACCCUGCAAAACCGAGAGGCUUGUCGGAGCAGACUGUGCCCUGGCGGUGGUGGAGUCCAUUUGGACGUGCUCGCAGCCUUGCUGCGGCGGGGCGAGGGGACCAUCGGCAACCCGCACCACGUCAGCCUGGCCUUCGGCAUCCUGCUCACCGUGCCCUUGGACCACCUGAAGCCCCCUGAGUAUGGGAGCAUCUUCCUGAGGACGCACAACGUGCUCUUUUCCAUCCUGCAGUGUCACCCGAAGGUAAUGCUGAAAGCCAUCCCUUCUUUCUUGAACUGUUUUAAUAGAUUGGUGUUUUCAGUUAUGCACGAAGGGAGGCAGAAAGACAAAGGAAGCACAGAUGGCUUGUCGGUGGUCCUAGAGUGUGCCCGCCUGGUGGCAAGGAUGUACAGCCACAUCGCGUCGCGGGCCGAAGAGUUCACGGUGUUCUCCCCCUUUAUGGUGGCCCAGUAUGUCAUGGAGGUGCAGAAGGUCACCUUGUAUCCGGCGGUGAAAGAUCUCCUGCAGGAGGGCAUUUACCUGAUCCUGGACCUCUGCAUUGAGCCAGACGUCCAGUUCCUGCGGGUCUCACUGCAGCCGGGAGUGAGAGACAUCUUUAAGGAGCUGUACAAUGAUUAUGCGAAGUACCACAAGGCGAAACACGAAGGCGAGAGAAGAUACGCCGCCUGAAGCUGUGUUCCAGAAGUGCUGCCAGUGUUCCUGUGCGGCGGCUUUGGCCCUCUGCUCUGAAAGAGUUGGAGAAUGAAAGACUUCAGACAUCCUAAUUUGUAAUGUUGAGAUAAUGUGGGUUUGUGUAAUACACACUCUACAGCCAUGUUUUGCAAACUGAAUAUUUUUUUAACGUGUCUUUUUAUGCAGUAUGUAUUGCUGUGGAAUCCUGAUAAUUGACCCUGGAAUAAGGCAAAUUUAAUAAAAGAUGGUCAUUGUGGAUGUUCCAAA